AUGGCGAUGCGGCCCAAGUCCGACAUGUCCCCGCCGCCCUCCGACCAGAGGGGCGCUGUCAUCGAGGAGCUGAGGAAGGGCGCUCAGCUGGCUGACCGCCUCCGGCAACAACUGGAGCUCAUCCCGGAGCUCGGUCGCCGCAGCGCCGCGCUGGCCAGCGUGAGCAACAUCUCCACGGCCCUAGUGUCGUCCGCCUCUAUGCUGGAGUCCAACAGAGAGCAGUACGGCUGCUCCUCCCCCGACCCCGGGGCGGCAGCCUAUGCUGCCGGCGCCUCCGGUAAUGGCGGUGGCAUUGGGGCGCGAAAUGGAGCCAUUGCCCGCACCAGGAAGGCAAAGCACCGGCGAGGCCCCCAUGGCGAGGAGCUUCCAAUCAAAGGGAGGAUACUAACUGAGACACCAGAAAAUGAUGGGUUCCACUGGAGGAAAUAUGGCGAGAAGAAGAUCCUGAAUGCUGUUUUCCCAAGGUCAUACUACAGAUGCGGAUACAGCGACGAGCACAGGUGCCCGGCAAAGAAACUUGUGCAGCAGCAAAACAACAUCGACCCUCCUGUGUUCAUGGUCACCCUGAUCAACGACCACACAUGCAGCAGUCUGUUCCCUGCUAAUGAUCAACCACCCAGCAGCUCAAACAGUGCUACUGUUAACUCACAAGUGCUGGACUUCACCAAAGCAUCGCUCUCUUCAGCUGUUGGUCUCUCGAGGUUGAAGAAAGAGGAAGACGCAGGCAUGUCGGUGACCGUGCCUAGCUACACGUAUGAGGAGUUGGCUUCUUAUUCCUCGCUGCCGUUGCUCUCGCCGAAGGAGUGGGAGAUGGAGAUGGAGAUCAAGUCACUUUUUCGUCAUCACUCGGGAGGUGGUACUUAG